GGAUCAUGUCUUUUGGGUUUCUUAUUAUAAAUUCACCUCUAUUGUUCAUUGGCUACAUUGCAUAGACAAUCUAGCAUUGUUGUUAUUUGAGAAGAAGAAAUGGUGAAAAUAUUAUCUUUAUCAGUGAUAAUUGCACUAGCCAUAUGCCACGGUUGUGCGCAAGGAGUGCCAGCAGCACCACCGACGGGGGCCGCGACGCCGGCGCCUCUGCCGCGCUCCGCCCAGGAGUAUCUGGAUGUGCACAACCAAGCAAGGGCGGAAGUGGGCGUCGCCCCGCUGACCUGGAGCCCGAUGCUGGCCACCGCCGCGAGCCUGCAGGUUCGUUACCAGCGGGACAAGCAGAACUGCAGCUUCGCCGACAUAAGCAGCGGCAAGUACGGCGGCAACCAGCUGCUGGCGGGCGGAAUGGCGGUGACGCCGCGGAUGGCGGUGGAGCAUUGGGUGGAGGAGAAGAGCUUCUACGACUACGCUAACAAUUCUUGCGCCGCCGACCACAAGUGCGGCGUGUACACCCAGGUUGUUUGGAAGAAAUCGCUGGAACUGGGUUGCUCUCAGGCGACGUGUCCUAAAGGCCAGAUUACCUUAACCAUAUGCUUCUACAAUCCUCCCGGAAACAUCAUCGGAGAGAGACCGUACUAAUGCUUAUCUUGUUCUUGUUAACCCAGUCAAGAUUCAAGAUGUUCUUCGUUUCCAGAGAAAUAAGAUUUAGGAUUAUUGGUCAAAUAAUGGCACUUGUUGUACUAAUGCUUGGUUGUUUGUCGGAUUAGGUUUUCCUUGUGAAGAAUUUGUGCUUUUAUCCAUUUAUAGUCUUUGAUCAACUCAACUAGAGUAAUGAACACCAGGAUUCGAUUUGAAUUCAUGA